AUGCCCGUGCCACCUCCGAUAACGGGCGAGUUUGAACAAGAUCCGCGCGCCCACGUCGACAAGACGACCGGCAAAUGGCAGUACGAAGACGAAGAGACCGGCCAAGAAUAUGAAUGGACUGGAAAGGCUUGGAUACCUCUCCUUGACGAUGACCUCAUCAAAGCACAGCAAUCGGCAUACGCUGUUGCGGGUGUGGACGAAAAUGAAAGUCUUUCAUCGUUUACCGUUCCUGCAGCUCCAGUGUUGGCUCGCGAGGACAAGAUCAAGAAGCGCAAAGCAGGAGAGAAAGACAACAACCGUGAGGCUCGACCUACAAAGGUGCAAGCGACUGGGCCAAAGAGGACUGCCGUCUGGGUCAGCAACCUUCCGCCCAACACCACUGUCGAGCUCCUUGAGUCCGUCUUCAGCAAAGCUGGGGUCCUCCACGUCGACGACAACGGCAACCCUCGAAUCAAGCUGUACUAUGAUGACGACGGCAAGUUCAAGGGCGAUGCUUUGAUCAUGUACUUCAAGGAGGGGAGCGUCGCCUUGGCCAUCACGUUGCUCGACGAAACCGAGCUCGAGCUAGGAUCAGGGUACGGCAACAUGCGAGUUCGCACACCCGAACAUGAUCGAACCCAGAUGGGUACCGAGGGUGACUCUGAAUCGACGCAGAAGAACAGCCAGCAGCCCUCCCAGAAGAAGAAACCUUUGACGGCCGAAGAGAAGAAUCGCAUGAGCCGACGAAUGCGCCAUCUCGAGAGCAAGCUCACUUGGCACUCCGAUGACGAUGAUGAAGGCGAUGGCGGACGGGCCACGACUAGAGCUUCGUCCCAUUUCGCCCGCGUCGUCGUCCUCAAGGGAAUGUUCAAGCUCCAAGAGCUGGAGGAGGAGCCAGAACUCCUCCUGGAGCUCAAGGAGGAUGUUCGCGAGGAAGCGGAGACACUUGGUGCUGUGACAAGCGUUGUUCUCUACGACAAAGAGGAAGAUGGUGUGAUGACGGUCAAGUUCAAGGACCCUGUUGCUGCUCAGACAUGUGUGAAGAAGAUGGACGGCCGGUACUUUGGGGGCCAACGGGUGUCGGCCACAAUCUACACGGGAAGGGAGAGGUUCCGCAAGUCUGGUGGGUUAUCGUACUCUGAGGAUCUCGAGGAGCAGGACCGGCUAGACAAGUUUGCCAACUGGAUUGCGCAGUCGGAAGACUGA